GAACGCGAAAAUCUGUCUCCCUCCACAGGAGGCGGUCUGCGUUUGUCCCUUCGAGAGUACCGUAGUCUGAAACGUGGGUAACCUGUCUCAGCGGAGCCUGUGCGAUGCAGCAGGAGCGGCUUCUGAAAACAGACGUUUCAGCCCAAACCCCGUAAAGCCCUAUGGCAGAUAGUGUGCCGCCCUUGGCCAGGGAGGCAGUCCUGAAGGAGAGCACCGCUCUGCCAGAGGAUGUGCCACAGAUCCGAGGCUAUGACUUUAACCAGGGGGUGGACCACAGAGCGCUGCUGCACUCCUACCUCACCACGGGCUUCCAGGCCAGCAGCUUCGCACUGGCUGUGCAAGAGAUCAAUAAGAUGAUUGAGAAGCGUCUGGAGCCAGUGGGAAGGGACGAGGAGCAACAGGAUCAGCGGGAUUGUCCAGGAUGUACCAUCUUUCUGGGUUACACCUCCAACCUCAUCAGCUCUGGUGUCCGCGAGACCAUUCGCUACCUUGCCCAGCACAAGAUGGUGGACGUGAUUGUGACGACAGCAGGAGGUGUUGAGGAAGACCUCAUUAAGUGCUUGGCGCCCACCUACUUGGGUGAGUUCAGCCUUCCGGGCAAAGAGCUCCGGCAGAGAGGCAUCAACAGGAUUGGCAACCUCCUGGUCCCAAAUGAUAACUACUGCAAGUUUGAGGACUGGUUAAUGCCUAUCCUGGACCAGAUGGUGCUGGAGCAAAAAACGGAGGGAACCCACUGGUCUCCCUCAAAGAUGAUCCACAGACUAGGCAAAGAAAUCAACAACCCUGACUCUGUCUACUACUGGGCCUACAAGAAUGACAUCCCAGUGUUUAGUCCCGCCCUCACGGAUGGCUCAUUGGGCGACAUGAUCUAUUUCCAUACCUAUAAGAAUCCUGGUUUGGUGCUGGACAUCGUGGAAGAUAUCCGGAGGUUGAACAGUAAAGCUGUGUUUGCGAAAAGCACAGGCAUGAUCAUCCUGGGAGGAGGCCUUGUCAAGCACCACAUUGCAAACGCGAAUCUGAUGAGGAAUGGUGCUGACUUUGCAGUGUUUGUGAACACGGGGCAGGAGUUUGAUGGGUCAGACUCAGGGGCCAGACCGGAUGAGGCUGUGUCCUGGGGAAAGAUCCGUAUGGAUGCCAAACCUGUCAAGGUAUACGCAGAUGCCUCUAUAGUUUUCCCUCUGCUGGUGGCUGAGACCUUCGCACUCCAUGCCAGCAGACUGACCGUGGACAAAAAGGACGACUAACUGUGUCUGCUGUCCUCUCUCCUUGUCUUCCUGCUAAUCUCAUUCCCUCCAUCCUGUCUUUUUUUAAGUUAUUCUUAUGCUUCUGUUUCUCCAUCUCAUUUCAGCCUUUAGCCUUUUUGUUCCGCUCAUCCUCAUCAUCAUUUUAUUGUUAUUCAUCAUGACUUAUUGAAGUUUUAUUUAGCAAGGUGACUGUGUUUCUUUAUACUAUCUGUGUACCUUCCUCAUUCUUUCUAUUGCAAAUCUGCUUUUAGCAAUGGAUUAAUUUAAUUAGCUAGUUUAUUUUAACCUGGCCAGGGUGGAUCCUGCCUUCCGCCUGAGGACCGCUGGGAUAGGCUCCAGCAUCCCGCCCCCGCGACCCUGAGGAAGAAGCGGCUUAGAAAAUGUGUGCGCGUGUGUGCGUGUGUGUGUGUGUGUGUGUGCUAUUUUAUUUUAGUUUGGACACCAUGAUGUAAAUAAAUUGAAUAUUUUGGCCAAAGAGUGUAAAAAAACAAAAAAAAAAACAAACCCAAACACAGUUUACGCUUGUUUAGCAAAGGAGAAGGAAUUCAGAAAUUCAGAAAAGUGAAAAAA